AUGGAUAGUCUUCCCAUUCAAAUUCUGUCAAGACUUGCCACAACUAAGCUCUCAAGAAAACAGGCAGAGUUGCUGAGUGGAAAAAAUGAUCCAGAACUACUGUUGAGUUUAGAAGGAUUUGUAAAAUCUGUACCAUCAUCAGUGAUUUCCAGUCUUGAGAUUGGAGGUCUAAAGCAGGAAAUGCUGUUUAAUCUAAUAACUAAUAUUGUCACUGCAGCUCAUGCUCAGGAUGUGACUGAUCUUCCUGUGUCAACUCGGACGCAAAUUUUGACAGUACUACAGAAAAUAAGACCUUACUUGGCUGAGAGAAGCAUUCUGGAAAGCAUAUAUAAGAGUGGGAAUCCAGGUCAUUUUUUCACGUUUAUAUCACCAAAGGAAUUAUUGGAGAUACAAAAGAAGCUGAGAGGCACCCUAUCAGAUGUUUCUUUUGAGCACUUUGCACAGGACUUCAGUGGACUGCCACAAAAUACACUUUCAGUUCUCCUGGGGAGUAUCAGAUCUAAGAUAUUAGAGAGAAAUGAUUCUUGGACAUUGAAUUCAUUUACUGAAUUAAAUCAGUUGAUCCUUGGAAUGACCUGCAAUGAUGUUGCUGUUAUUGAUACUCUUGAUAUACUUCAGGUACUUCAACUGUACAACAAAUAUGUCAGACUUGCAAGAAUGGAAUAUCCUAAGGACCUACAGUAUUGUUGGCUCAAAGUCCUCUCUGACUACUUUCUUAUGAAAGGCAAAGUUAGAGGCCAUAGUGCAACUGCUGAUUUUACUGAAGAGGUGGAAAGGGCAGAUAUCUAUGCUAUUGGAGGUUUUGUAUUGGGUGGUCUUUCCCCAAUGAUCAUUUCACAAGCACCAGACAGAUUCCAUAUACUUAAGGCCAUUGGUGAAUUAUCUCCAAUGGAGCUGUUGCAGUCGAUGAAUAAUGAAAACCCAACGGAUUAUGCUGAACUAUUUGUUGAGAAACAUAUUACAGGUCAAACCAUUGAACUUAAUGAUUUAUUAAACAUGGGAACCCUCACCAAUUUUUUGAAAGUCAGUGACAUUAACAAAAUUCAGCCUAAAGCCUUCAAAUUGUUUUUAGAAGUUGUUCCACAGGAAAAUAAAGUUUUGUGCACCUCCUCCAUUGCAAUGGAAGCUUGGUGCAAUCUAAUAAAUGAAACAUUUGGAGCACCAAGACUGUGGAGCAGUAGUAGUUUGGCAUCUAUGGGCGAUUUACUCAUAGUAUGUCCCCACACAUUUUUGCUAGAUGUUCCUGAAACAAGCUGGGUUAAUGCCAUAGAUGUACUGACAAAUACAACAUAUUACCAUAAAAAGGGAAAAUUUCUGGGUGAAACGUCACAUUUAUCUUUCAUUCAGAUGUGUCUGAAGUUCUUAGAGGCUGCUGAUCAUGGAAACUACCUUAAAUCUGUAAAAGAACUGAUGCAUUUGUACUUAAUAGCUACACAAGAAGUCCUAGAUAAAAUUAUUCCUGCUGCUGACAUUGUGCAUGCCAAUAAAGCAGCAAAUACAACUGAGUCACACAAUGUAAAGUUCCAUAGUGUGUUUGGAAGAGUAAAUGAACAGCUGACAAAAAUUGAAGUGCUGAACAUGGAUGAACAUAAUCGAACCAAAAGAGAACUAGGAUCCUCUGUGGCAGCUUCAUCUACAAUUUUUAAUCCACAAAAUGAGCCUGGUAACAGUUUAAGAGCAGCUGUAAUGAACAAUGCUCAUGAAACAACUGAAGACUCAAAGGUAAAGGAACUCGGCAGCUCACCUAUAACAGAGCAUAGCAAUGUGGAGGAUGAAGAUUCUCUUUCUGCUACAGAUUUACAGAAAGUAAAUAUUGUUAGCAAUCUUACAUGUGAUGCUAUAAAAGCAAGUGGAAUUGGUGCUUACCUUGGCCUAAAGGAGGAAGAUAUAGAAAAUAUGGUUAAUGAUGAAACUGAAGAAUGUCUUGACAUUUUUGGUGCUCUAGACCUUGGACAAAGGGCACAAAAGGUUGUGUGGAACACGCUUGGCAAGGCCUUUCUCCUGACAAAUUUACUGGAUCUUGGCCACCUAGUGAAAGUAAUGGGAAUGAAUGAUAUAAAUGAAGUGAAAUUAAAUAACAAGAGAUUCUACAUGGAAACAAUAGCAGCAUUAGGUGAAGAAAUAGAAGAUCCAAAAUUGAUCAGAAUUUUAGCAACCAAGUGGUUAAUUGACAAUCUGAAUAAGACCUUACCAACAGAAGCAGUUGGAGCUUUGGGAAACAUUAUUUGUGGUUUACCAAUGCCCACUAUCACAGACUUACUUAGUAAGAACAGAGCCUUUGCUAAACUUUUACCUGUAUUGAGAAACAUAAAGGGGUGUCCAAUGAUGUGCUUGCAGGAUCUUGCAGCAAUAGCUGUAAGAAAUUAUGGAGAUCCAAGCACAUGGAGUUCAGAAGACAUUUCUGCUUUAGGGGUUAUAAUGGCAGGAUUGAAUACCAGACAUUGGAAAUCGCUGAAAGGAACUCGGGGUAACCAUCCCCUCUGCGGCUUGACUCCUCGUGCUGUGCAAUGCUUACCUCUGAAUGUGAUUAAGGAUCUUACAGUUGAACAAGUUGCAUCCCUGCUUCCAAGUGCUGUUUCAGUGAGUGAAGACAAAUUCUCUGUGCUGCCGGAACAACAAAAAGAAAUACUAAAAAAAACAUUGAGACGUCAAGAGAGAGAUUUAAUUAAUAAAUCAGUGUGUAAUUUGGUUUUAAACAUACAGAAACAGAUCAUGUUGAGAAUUGGCAGUAAAUGCAUUGCAACAGCCUUUGAUUAG